AUGGGAAGAGACAAUGUGAGAAGAGAGAACGAUGUUGAUUCUUUGAGAGGAUCUUACACCCCACAUGAAGAACAGGUACCUCUCACCAUUACUCUCGGAGGAGACUCGCAAAUCCUAAACGUGGAGCCAAUUCUUACAAUCCGUCCAGAGCCGGAGGAACAAGAAUGGGAGUUAAGACGAGCGAAACAAGAAUGGUCUAAAGAAGCAGCUUUGGGAGAGAGUAUAUAUUCCAAAGGUUUAAAACUAUUGGAGGAAGUACAAGUUCUCAAAUUUCAUAAUAGUAGUAUUAGUGGUUCUGGUGAUUGUUUGGUGGAAAUGGAUAUUUUGGAGAAACUGCUGGAUACCUGGACUUGGUUUACUUCUCAUCACGCGAUUAUGGGUACUCAUUCAAGGCCUGAUGAACUCUUUCCGUUUUUCAAAUUGUUGAAGCCCAAGAAGCAGCUGUCUAAAGACGAGGUUGUCCACCCAAUUCUACCACCAGAUACUCUCAAGAGAGGGGUGCUUUGGCUAAAAAAUGGGGUAGAAAAAGGAGUAGAGAGAUCUAUAAUUUUUUUUUUUUUUGUGAAGAAUGGGAUUGUGAAUAGUUUUAACAACAUGCCGGACGAUUCCUUUGUGAUUGAUCAUAAGUUAUUGUACAAUGAUUUGGUUGGACUGAUUUGUGAAAGAGUGGGGUGGAAUAGAAAGAAUGUGAAUUUGAGUCUAUCGAUUUUGUAUGAUACGAUGCGCAAUGGUUUUAGGCGUAUCGCCAAAAUCAAGGACGACGCAUCGUUGCAAGUGUUGUAUUUCCUCCCAAGUUCGACAUAUAUUGAUUUGUAUGUAGAUUUGGAGGUGGCGGGUACUUCUAGGUCCCAUUUGGAAGUAGGGACAAGUAGUGGUAGGCCGAAUGUGGAGAAUGUCGAUUACAUGGAAGAUGAUGAUGUGGGUGGACCGUUUAUGGAGGAUGGCGAUCACAUGGAAUAUGAUCACGGUGAAGAUGAUGAGGACUACACAUCGAUAAGUGAUCAAAGUGAUGAAAACCAAUCAAUAUCCGAAGGAAGUCGGGAGAGUGAUGAAGAGGUCGAAGACAAAUUCGCCACAAAGGAUAGGCACAUAUAUCGUUCACAGGGUACGUGGGAUCAUACAAAAGUGGACAAGGAUGAUUUUCAACUUACCAUGUGGGAUGGGACAACCGCAACAAUUGGGAUAGGGACUUGUUUCAAGAAUAAGGAAGAAGCAAAAAAUGGUAUUGCAGCGUGGAACAUAGAGCAAAAGAGAGAGUUUUAUGUGAAGGAAAGUGAUGGUUCAACAUGGUCUAUUUGGUGCAAAUCCCUAAAAGAGUCAACCCCUAAGGGUUAUGUUCCUUGCCGUUGGAAGGUACGUGCCUCCUUGAGAGACCAUGGUUUGUGGGAGAUAGUGAAAUGGGUGCCCGAGCACAAUUGUAUGAAUGUCACCGAGGAUAACAAUAAUCGGAAUGUGAGCGCAACGCUUAUUGCGCAUCUCAUAAGGCAUAAGGUUGAGUUGGACCCAGAUUAUGAAGUGAAUCUAGUUCAGGAAGAAGUGAAAGACCGUAUGCAUGUAGAUGUUCCUUACCACAGGGCAUGGGAGGGAAGGAGAAAAGCUAUCGAUCUUGUUUACGGCGACUGGGUUUCCAAUUUUGACAUACUUCCAAGUAACUUGGUGGCGCAGUUUCGAAGUAAAAAGAUCAAAAGGUUGUGUUGGGAGAUGGGCACGAAACUUUCUAAGUCUAAAUUCAAAGAACUAAGGAAUGAGCUACGUGAUUUUAGCAAUGAUGCUUAUUUGUAUCUCGAGGAGAUUGAUGCUUGUCAGUGGACUCUUGCCAAAGACAAACACUAUCGUUGGGGUAACCAGACAACGAACAUUUCUGAGAGCUACAACAACGUCCUCAAGGGUGUUCGUUUCUUGCCAAUCCGGGCUUUGGUGGAAGCUACUUUUAUUAAGACUGUGGAUUUGUUCCAGGAAGAAUACGUGAAGUCGAGGAAAUGUAUUACUCCGGUCCCAACUGACUUGUGGGAAGACUUCAAGAAAAAAGAAAAGAAAGCCGCGCAACACAAAGUCAACUGUUAUGGUGCUAUUAAUGGCAAGUUCAAGGUGAAAAGUAGAGCCCGACUUGGUGGUAAAGGGGAUAACACGUACACUGUGAAAUAUGAAGAGAAGAAGUGUUCUUGCAAGAAGUGGCAAGAGUAUAGGUUCCCUUGUACACAUGCACUAGCUGUGUGUCGGAAGAUAAAAGAUCAACCAAUCAAUACGGUGAAUCCAUAUUUCAGGGUUGUUGCUUGGCAAGACCAAUUCAGGGGCGCGAUGACUUUUCCCCGAAUACCACUUUGGAUCCUGACAAUACUCGAGGAUUUGGAUGUCUGUGCUACCUACAGUUGGGGGUCAGCUGUUUUAGCUAAGUUGUACUUUGCUCUGUUUCAAGCUUCCGCGCCCGGGAAAAAAGACAUUACCGGAUGUUAUAUGCUGAUGCAGUUAUGGGUUUGGGAGCGUAUCCCAAGACUUCAACCAAAGAGGAAGGUUAAAGAUGAGAGUUACUUGGUGCCGGACGCACCAUUAGGCAAUAGGUGGAAAUGCCCAAAAUCCAAAGCGAACAUCGCCGCUCAUUGUGUUGCUGGCAUCAGGGAUCAGUUAUCUAGCCUAAGGGAUGGGGAUGACGUGGAUCUUUUGUUGGGCCAUCGAGAACCAUACGAGCCCAAUCGGGUCCUUCGUCAAUUUCAAUGCGUCCAAACUGUGCCAGAGUACCCGUUAAUCAAUGACAUUGAUCGCUGGAAUGCGAUACACCACGGAUGCCUUGGGACUGGAAAGGCAUAUAAUGAUUGGGUGCAAAAACACACUGAGGUACGACCUCAUUGGAAUGUGAGAGAUCAGCACGUGGUCCCUCAUGAAUUGGGUAAUCCGGAACUAGGUCCUCAAUGCACAUCGGACUACAUGCCGUGGUUUCAAAAGAAGACUAUCAGAUUUAUGACUGAUCCCACUCAAUACGGCCCUCUGGCACAGGGUUAUCACUCGUCUUCAUCUUUGGAGAGAUUUUAUGUAAGAUCUAAUAUUAUAUUUUGA